AUGUCAGAAAUGAUAAGAGAUUCGAGAGUGCUACAAAAAGCACGACAAGAGGUCAGACAAGUAUAUAUCGGUGAUGGUCAAAGCCAUUUCGACGAAGCGAAGCUUGAUCGGUUGAAGUAUUUGGAUAUGGUUAUUGCCGAGAGUUUGAGAUUGCACCCACCCGUUCCUUUACUUGCUCCCAGAGAAAAUAGAGAUAAGAAGGUGAAGCUCAAUUCAUAUGACGUCCCGGUGAACACCAAAGUCAUCGUGAAUGCCUGGAUGAUCAAUCGAGAUCCUCGUUAUUGGACGGAGGCUGAGAGAUUCUUCCCGGAAAGAUUUAUGGAUUGCUCAACUGAUUAUAAGGGGACCGAUUUUCACUUCAUUCCAUUUGGUGCUGGAAGAAGGAUAUGUCCUUGA